AUGGCGCUCGUGUCAUAUUCGGAUUCCGAGACUUCAGAUUUAGAACCAGAGAACAAUGUCACCCAAACAAAAGACAAGAAACAGACUCUUGCAUCGGCCCCGUCUUCGACUUCCUCCGGCGCAAACUUCCAGUCAAUCGUUGAACGCAGCAACCCACGAAAGAUCCGCGUGGCCUUGCCGGAAAUCAAACCUGAGAAUCUGCCCGACAACUCCGAAGAUGGUCCUGCACGAAAGAAAGCCAGGAUAGGCGGUGGUGGUGGGGCGUUUUCUGGCUUCAAUUCCUUUCUACCUGCGCCAAAAAGGACUAAUGCCGCCGUGGAGAAGGAAAACAAGGCAUCUGCACAGGUGCGCAAGGUGUUCAGCCUGAAGACAGGUGCUACGCCUGGGUUUGACCGGGAAGCAGAUGCGGAAAUGCGUAGGGAUCAACUAUUGGGGGCAUCAGCAACAAGGGGUGGUGAUUAUGAUGAUGACGGCGGUACUAUACCCAAAGCUGGGGGUCUUCGAGCGGAGGAGGAUGAGUCUACUGCAGAGCGCAGUGGAGUAAAAGAUGCUCAGGAGAAACCAGUGGAGGUAAAGUUGAAGGGAAACCCGAUGAUGUUUAAACCUUUGUCUGUGGGGCGAGCCUCACAGCAAAAGAAGAAAUUGCCUCCCAAGACGGCAACGACAGCAUCGUCUGCGGAAGGCUCGAAAGAAGUUACAAAGACUGCAAAAGAAGUGACACCUGCUCAACCUACUCCGCCUCCUGUCGCAAAGAAGACGAGAGUGAGCCUAUUCUCUUUGUCAACGGGAGAAGCAGACACAACUAGUGGCCAAUACCUUCAAGAGAAGAGUGCCGUCUACGAGCCAAUGGUAUAUACUGCUGGUUCGGAGGUUCCUGCAGCUGGCCCAGAGCUGGAUUCUCAAGAGCCGUUUGCAUUAGAAUCAACGACAGGACCUGCGCAAACUCUGGAUAACAUAGCCGAUGAUCUGCAUCUCUCACGCGCCGAACGACGUCAACUAUUUGGUCGCCAUGGCGAUUCUUCUAAAUCCCGAAUUCUCCAUUUCAAUACAGAUAGGGAGUAUGCUGCAAAUCAAGAAAUGGCACACAAUACAGACCUUGCAGCGGUCCAGCACAACCCAGUCCGGCCGAUUGCUCCCGGAAAGCACAGCCUGCAGCAAUUGGUCAAUGCAGCAAGCAGUCAACGGGAGGCUUUGGAAGAUAGUUUUGCAUCUGGACGGCGGAACAAGAAGGAGGCUGGAUCCAAAUACGGAUGGUGA